AUGGUUGUGAACGAGGCUACCAAGAGAGCCAGGAGGAAGGUUGCCGCCGAUCUGCCCGACCUGUUCACCUUCCCUCCUCCUCCGGAGUCGUCGGAAGCCUUCCUCGGCUUCCUCGCUCUUCCCCUCCCUGCUGACCUGUUUGGCUCAAGUACUGAUUUAAUUGUUCAAAGAGUUGAAUUUGUUCAUGAAUCCGAUAAGAGGAGUCAUCUCCUGGACCUCCUUCACGCACAAAGGGAAAAUGGAACUCAUGGCAAGCAAGCUUUGACAUUAGUUUUUGUGGAGACAAAGAAGGGAGCAGAUGCACUGGAACACUGGUUGUGUAUUAAUGGGUUUCCGGAAACUACUAUUCAUGGUGACAGAACACAACAGGAAAGAGAACAGGCACUGAGAUCAUUUAAGAGUGGACAUACACCAAUUUUAGUGGCAACAGAUGUGGCUGCACGUGGUCUGGACAUUCCCCAUGUAGCUCACGUGGUAAAUUUUGAUCUUCCAAAUGACAUUGAUGAUUAUGUUCACCGGAUAGGUCGGACAGGGCGAGCCGGAAAAUCAGGACUUGCAACAGCAUUCUUUAAUGAGAACAACCUUUCGACGGCAAAACCACUAGCUGAUCUAAUGCAAGAAGCAAAUCAGGAAGUACCUGCUUGGAUUACUCGAUACGCAUCGAGGGCUUCUUAUGGGGGAUCUGGGGGAGGCCGUUUCGGUGGCCGUGACUCCAGAAGGGAGAAUUCUUUCAACAUUGGUUCAGAUUUCUAUGGAGGGGGAAAUGAUGGCGGGGGAAUAAAUAAGAAUUUGCCGCUUUGGUCAAUAUUGGGUGGUUAUAUUAGUUUAUAA